ACCGUCGCCAUCGCCAAGUGGCGGUGCGUGACUCAGGCUCGAACGGCCUUCUGGAGUUCCACAAUGGAGUCGCAGUGUACCAAAAUUCGGGAUAAACUGUUCACCGUAGCAAAGUGUCUGCACUGGUCGCUUACUGCCGCCGCUGUCUUUGGUUUCGUCGGCUGGCACUACUACACGUACGUUUUCAAAUUGUGCCUGCAAACCAUCAAAAAUCCUUACCAGAGAACCAUCUACCUAGUCAUCGUUAACGUUCUAAGCGUGAUGAUCGUGUGGUGUUUUCUGAUGACUUCUCUCACCCCUCCCGGAAAGAUACCGCAAGAAUUCCACGUAGACAGAGACGACGCUACUGACAUUCUUCAAGGGUACUACAAUGAAGCUGGACGGCAGAAGUUUUUGCACAGUCUCGCACGAAGACUUCCCAUCGUCACACGUACCUUCUCCGGUGGGAUAGCAUAUUGUGCAAGAUGUCAAGUCAUCAAGCCGGACAGAGCGCAUCACUGCUCGACGUGCUCCAGGUGUAUCUUGAAGAUGGACCAUCACUGUUACUGCGUCAACAACUGCAUCUCGUUUACCAAUUACAAAUUCUUCUUCUUGUUUGUCCUCUACUACUUCCUCUACAGCGCCUUCGUUUCAGCAACGACACUGCGGCCCUUCGUCAGCUAUUGGAAGGAAGAUGAUCCUUCGUGGGACGAUUUCCAAUUUCUCCUGCUUUUUCUCCUGUCGAAUAUCAUAGCUCUGAACAUGGCGGGGUUCAUCGUCUUCCACACGUUCCUCAUGUCGACGAACCGUACGACCCUCGAGAUCUUCCGGCCGCCGGUGUUGGUCGCGACGGGACUAGACAGGCGGGCGUUCAAUCUGGGAUAUCUGAAGAAUUUCUACGAAGUGUUUGGUGACCGUUGGUACCUUUGGUUGAUCCCGGUGUCCUCUGGGAAGGGAGAUGGUAUCCACUUUGAGCUGCGGCGGCGGGAUGAAGAAAGCGAACCGCUCCUCACACGUGGUCCUGAUAGGCCGAACGUAGAAGCAAGACACCCUACGGGCUCCAGCUGAGAAGUGCUGUACGACUAACGGUCCCUGAUCUAUACAGGCAAUAUUUCAUAGUGGAUUGGUGUACGUGUGUGACGACGAUGGAACAAAGGAACUCAACGCAAUAGGCCAACAGCUUAGUAUUAAUUGGAUGUACGGAGCAAUCAGUGCCAUUAAAUUAUCUGUCAAUA